GAAAAGGCGUGCACGUGGGACCUGCGGCGAGAGUCCUGGGCGCCGGGGAGGGAGCGCGUCCUGGGAGAGACCAUGGCGUCGCUCAAUUGUAGCACCGCUGUCUGCGUUAUCUGUUUGGAGAAACCCAAAUACCGCUGCCCCGCCUGCCGCGUGCCCUACUGCUCGUUGACCUGCUUCUGGGAGCACAAAGGGCGGUGCAACCCUGAAACUCGUCCUGUCGAGAAAGAAAUAAUAUCGCAUCUUACUGCAAAAACUAAAAAGCCUGUGGAAAACACAGAUGAUGACGACUCUGUAGCUGAUUUUCUCAAUAGUGAUGAGGAAGAGGACAGAGUUUCUUUGCAGAAUUUAAAGAAUUUAGGGGAGUCUGCAGCGCUGAGAAGCUUACUGCUCAGUCCACACCUUAGACAGUUGAUGGUCAGCCUCGAUCAGGCAGACGACAAGGCAAAGCUCAUGCGAGCCUGCAUGCAGGAGCCUUUGUUUCUGGAGUUUGCCGACUGCUGUUUAAGGAUCGUGGAACCGUCCCCGAAUGAGGAUUCUUAAGGUGGAUUAUUGUGCUGCC